UUGCUAAAGCAGUUUCUCGAGCUCAUUUUGCUCGCCUGAAAACCACUCUGUCCAAAAACCUCUCUCUCUCUAAACAGCUCCUCAAUUUCCUCAUAUACGUUUUUGGUACCAUCCCAUAUAUAAGCUCUCAAAGCUUUAACUAAACCCUUUCAAUCUCUCUCUCCCCAAAACUCAAAAAAGCUCGCAUCUUUCUCUCUCUCUCUCUAAGUUUCUACACACACACCGUGUAGUUUCUCUACACAGAGAGAUAGAUAUAAUCAAAUCCAGCCAUAUAUCUUUGUCUUGUCUCUCUCUCUCUCCUAUCUUCUCAGACUCUCAGAAAGCUUCUAAAUUUUCAUAUCCAUGUCCUCAGAAUCAUCGUCUACAAUUGCUCCUUUUUAAUUUGUAAAACACAGAGAAACAGAGUGUCCUCUCUCUCUGUCUCUGCAAUUACUUUAAUACCCAGCUGAUCGUCGAUCAUGGCAUACCACAACCACCUCUCCCAGCAGGACCUUCCUCUCCACCACUUCACAGACCAAACCCAGCAACAGCAUCAGCCAUUUCAAUCCGACCAACCCGACCCGAACUCCAAGCCCACGGAGCCCCACCACCCAUUUCAGCCCGCCCCAAAUUGGCUCAACACCGCCCUCCUCCGCAACUACACCAACGCAGACGCCAACAAUAACCAUAACAACAGCCCAAACAACAACGGCGGCGGCGGCGCUUCCAAUUUCCUCAACCUCCACGUCACCGCCUCCGACUCCACCACCUCCCAGGCCUCCAACCAAUGGCUCUCACAGGCCCACCGCCCCAUCCUCCACCGCAACCAUAGCGACGUCAUCGAUGACGUCACCGCCGUCGCGGGCGACUCCAUGAUUGCCGCCACCAUCUCCCACGACUCCGCCGACCUCAAGCCCGACAGCAGCCUCAACAAGACGGACAUCGUCGUGGAGAGCAGCGGCGGCGGCGGAAUGAUCAACUGGCAGAACGCAAGGCACAAGGCGGAGAUUCUGGCACACCCGCUGUACGAGCCGCUGCUGUCGGCACACGUGGCGUGCCUGCGGAUCGCCACGCCGGUGGACCAGCUGCCGAGGAUCGACGCCCAGCUGGCUCAGUCGCAGAAUGUGGUGGCUAAGUACUCGGCUUUGGGCCACGGCAUGGUCGGCGAUGAUAAGGAGCUUGAUCAGUUCAUGAGGCAUUAUGUUUUGUUGCUUUGUUCUUUUAAAGAACAACUGCAACAACAUGUCCGGGUGCAUGCCAUGGAAGCAGUAAUGGCUUGCUGGGAGAUUGAGCAAUCACUACAAAGCUUAACAGGAGUUUCCCCCGGUGAAGGCACGGGUGCUACGAUGUCUGAUGAUGAAGACGACCAAGUCGACAGCGAUGCAAACUUGUUUGAUGGAAGCAUGGAGGGUCAUGACAGCAUGGGAUUCGGCCCUCUUAUCCCGACAGAGAGCGAAAGGUCGUUGAUGGAGCGUGUGAGGCAAGAGUUGAAGCAUGAGCUGAAGCAGGGUUACAAGGAGAAAAUCGUAGACAUACGGGAGGAAAUUUUGCGCAAGAGACGAGCUGGAAAGCUUCCUGGUGACACCACCUCUGUGCUAAAAGCUUGGUGGCAAUCACAUUCAAAGUGGCCAUAUCCAACUGAGGAAGACAAGGCUAGGUUGGUACAGGAAACUGGUUUGCAAUUAAAGCAGAUAAACAAUUGGUUCAUCAAUCAGAGGAAGAGGAACUGGCACAGCAAUCCUUCAACUUCCACAGUUUUGAAGAGCAAACGUAAAAGAAGUAAUGCAGGUGAAAACAGCAGUGAUCGAUUCGGAUGAAUGGAGAAAAGGAAACGAGAGCCAUUCCUGGAAUGAUUAUUUGUUCAUGCUUCCACUACAUCCGUAAUUUCAACAUAGAAACUGUGAUAGCAUAGGACUUCAUGGAAGAAGACAACAGGGUUGAAGUGAAAGAAUCGUAUUUUGAUUCUACAGAAAGAAAAAAGCUAACACUGAUUAUGAGAUUGGGAUGAUAAACUGAAUAUGAGCCAUUAUACAGGUAUGCUCAAAGGCUGCAGGUGGAUCAAAUGCAUGUAGUAUCAUAUAUCAUUAGGAGUUCAGUAUUUAGGAAUUAUGUUUACUGAAUCUGAAUUGGAUAGUCCACUAGAGGGCUUACAAUUUUUUGUUUAUGAUCUUCAUGUCUGUGAAUAAGAACAGUGAGGGGUUGUGGUGGGUGUACAGUGCAAUGACCUGAGCAUGGUUCCUUACAUACAUCACACUGGUGAUUAAAUUAAAUUAUAGCUUUUCUUUAUGGCAUUUUGUUGUAGAGAUGAAUUUGUAGUAAAUAAAGGUCUGUAAAAUUUUAAAGUGGCA